CCCUCCCCAUUUUAUCAUCAGCCGUCUUCUCAGAAUCUCUCUCUCUCUUUCUCUCUCUUCUUUCUCUCUCUCUCUCUCCUCUGAAAUCUGGUUUCUAGGAUCAGAUAGAGAUAUACCUACACCUACACACACGCACUCGCGAGAAAAAUUUCGAACUCGGAGUGAGGGAGAGAGAGAGAGAAAAUGAACGGCGGAGAUUUGAAUCAGCAGCAACAACAACAGCAACAACAACAGCAGCAGCAGAUUCAGCACCAGCAAUGGUUGGCGAUGCAGCAGUACCAGCAGCAGUGGCUGGCUAUGCAGCAGCAGCAGCAGAUGAUGUACAACCAGCAUUACGUGCCGUACUACCACCAGCAGCAGCCGCAAGUUCAGCCGCCGAAGCAGAAUAGUCAGAUUCAGAACUCCGGCGAAGAUAACAAGACGAUCUGGAUCGGAGAUCUACAGCAGUGGAUGGACGAAGGCUAUCUCCAAACUUGUUUUUCCCCAUCCGGAGAGGUCCAUUCUGUUAAGAUAAUCCGCAAUAAACAUACUGGUCAAUCAGAGCGAUAUGGAUUCAUUGAGUUCGUUUCUCAUUCAGUAGCGGAGAAAGCUCUGCAGAGCUACAAUGGCACCGCGAUGCCCAAUUCAGAUCAAUUCUUCCGCUUAAACUGGGCAGCCUUUAGCGCCGGUGAUAGGCGCCCUGAAUCUGGUUCUGAUUUGUCGGUUUUUGUUGGAGAUUUAGCUACUGAUGUUACUGAUGAUCUCUUACAUGAUACCUUCGCUAGUAGGUACCCAUCUGUCAAAGGGGCAAAAGUGGUAAUUGAUCCCAACAAUGGCCGCUCGAAAGGUUAUGGAUUUGUCAGGUUUGGUGAUGAAAAUGAGAAGUCUAGAGCCAUGACUGAGAUGAAUGGUGUGUACUGCUCUAGUAGGCCUAUGCGAAUAGGUGUUGCCACCCCUAAAAGACCUUCACCACAGCAAUAUUCUUCACAAGGUCAGUCAGAGAACGAUUCAUCUAACACAACAAUAUUUGUGGGAGGGCUUGACUCUGAUGUCACUGAUGAAGAUCUCAGAGAGUCUUUCAUUCCAUUUGGCGAGGUUGUCUCUGUCAAAAUACCAUCUGGAAAGGGAUGUGGGUUUGUACAAUUUGCAAACAGAAACAGUGCGGAGGAUGCAAUCCAAAGAUUAAACGGGGCAGUUAUUGGCAAGCAGACCGUUCGUCUUUCUUGGGGUCGAAGUCUGGGUAACAGACAGUGGAAUGGGAAUUAUAACGGAAGGCAAGGUUACGGUGGAUACGGAAACGCUGGUGCAGCGGCUUAUGGCGCGUCUUCAAACGGUUAUGGCAACCAUGAGCAGUAGUUGCGGUAAGUUAAAUCUCCAAAGCUCUAUGUGUUGAGCUUUAAUUACUAUUAGUGACUUGAAAUGAAACUUUAAAUUCUGUAGUCUGUGACAUGAUCAGUAUUGUAGCUGGAUUGAUUAUCACUUUAGACGAGACUUUUUUUAAUUUCUUUUUUUUUUUCUUUUUUUUUUAAUGGGAUUAAGAUUCGAAAUUUUGACUUUGAAGAGCUUGCGUGAUUUUUUUUCAAUUCUUGCUAA